AGCGGGCGGGGGAGAGUCAGUUUGGGUCGAGUAGGAGGAGUAGACCCUGAGCUGGGCAGCAUUGGCGGGGGCAUUGUUGGACACUUGCCGCUCCCCCCACGUCCAGACAGCCGGGGCUGUAACGCGAAGGACUCGUGCCCACGCCCUUGGGUGAGAGGCAGAAAGGGGGGGUGUCAUUGACUCGCCGGGGCACGGACAAGCCGGGCGCAGUUAUUGCCCCUUUAAAGGAGUCUGUCGCUGUUUGAUGAGGUCACACGCCCCAUUCCGAGCCCCGGGAAGGGCGGGUCCCUGAGAUGCUGAUUCAGGGGUGGGCGGGGCCUCCUGCGUCGCGUGGUGAUAACGUAAGCGCCUUAGCGACGAGCGGUUGCUAAGGGUGCGAUGGACGCUACCUCCCGGCCGCUCCGUGUGCCCCCGGAGAUAGGCAUUUAUGCGGAAAAGCACGAGCUCUUCCAGCUCCUGCAGAAUAUGCUUGAAGGGUUGUUAAUCCAUAAACCUGAUGAACCCAUUGAGUAUAUGAUAAGCCACUUAAAGCAAGACAAUGAUCAUGUUCCAAGAAUUUGUAUACUUGGUCCACCCGCCUCUGGAAAAACCACUAUUGCAACAUGGCUUUGUAAACAAUUGAAUACCCCUUGUAUCACUCAGGAGACUUUAUUGGAAGAAACAUUAGAGCUGACAAAAGAAGUAAAGGCAUUUCAAGAGAGAGGACAGAAAAUUCCCAAUGCACUGUGGGCCAAUCUGAUCCAGGAGCGUCUGUCAAACGUGGACUGCAUCAAACAAGGUUGGAUUUUGGAAGGUUUUCCUGAAAACCGGGAUCAAGCAUGGAUGCUGCAGUCAGCUGGCAUCACUCCGAGACAUGUUGUUGUGCUGUAUGCUCCAGACAUGGUGCUUAUUGAGAGGAACCUUGGGAAAAGGAUUGAUCCAUCCACGAAAGAGGUGUACCAUACCACCUUUGACUGGCCAAGCGACCCUCUGGUGCAACAGCGUUUGGUGGAGGCGGAAGGCAUAUCUGAACAGGAAACAGCAAAGCACCUGCUGGAAUAUCAUAGAAACUUUCCCAGAGUUUUCCAGAUCUAUCAGCAAAUAUUAAAAUCGAUCAAUGCCGACCAACCUUGUGCAGACGUCUUCUCCCAGGGUAAAUAUCGAUUGUAUACAAUUCAUACUGUGAGUUACUAUUCUGAGGAUGUUAAUGCUGUUCCUUACUGUUUGUCUACAAAUAGGAUAUUUUUCCUGAAUCUCCCAUCUGAAUCAGUCAUGGAACGUCUGGCUCAGCGGAUGAUUGAUCCAGUCACAGGAGAAAGAUAUCACGCCAUGUACAAACCAGCUCCAUUACCAGAUGUCCAAGCCCGUCUCAUGCAGAACCCUAAAGACACUGAAGAAAAUAUCAGGAUUUGCCUGGAGACCUAUUACAGGCAUGCUGGCGACUUGGAGGAGUUUUAUGGAGAUGCCUUCUACAUCAAUGCUGACCAAGACCCUUAUGUUGUCUUUGAGUAUAUAGAAAGCUGUAUUGUUAAGCCCCUUCCACAUAAGUCCUGACAUAUUAAAAACAGCAGUUCCAGCUAGUCCAAAAUGCUAGCAGGCAAUGUCAAUUAGUUGGUGACUUAAGACACAAAUUUAUUUGGCUAAAUUUUUUUGCAAAAGCUAAUAUUAAUGAAAGGGAUGAUUUCCCAACACCUUGUAAAAUGAAAAGCUUGUUUGGAUUUAAACUUUCCCCUGCAGUGUUUGCAACCCACUCAAAUGGACUGGCAUUGUCUGAAGUGAGUGAAGUGCAGAGAGUAAACAAACAACAUAAAUGGUGAAAAGUUUAGAUGGUUGGAGCUCUUUGUUUUAAUAAUCCCAGAGGAUUACAGAGGAAGGAAGUUCAUUUUUUAGAAAUGAUGUUUAAACUGCCUCUCCUUUUCCAGGUGGGUGAUUCAGUGAAAAGUGUGAAAGUGUUUUCAGGAAAUAUGUUAGCGGCAGCUUUGUCUCAUGUAUCUAACACACACGUAGCAUGCAUGUUUGGAAUAUUAAACCUAUUUGAAGUGUA